AAGUAGCUGAAGCUACUAAAGCAAUGAAUUUCCAGAAUGAAUAUUAUGAACCAACUGUUAAGAAAUCAAAUGACCUAAAAGUUAAACUCGAUAAUUACAACAAAGACAACGAGAAUCUAAAAUGCAUCGAAAUUAUUCAAGAUAAAUUAGCCGAAUUAGAAGAUAGAAGUAGACGAAACAAUCUUCGUUUUGAUGGCUUUGACGAAAGAGAAGAAGAAACUUGGGAAGAUAGCCAAUCGAAAGUUAAAGAGUUCUUAAAGGAGAAACUCGGAAUUAAAAACAACAUUGCAAUCGAAAGAGCACACAGGACUGGGAAGAAGCAUGUAUCUGGAAAAAGAAGAAGAACUAUCGUGGUAAAGUUUCUUAACUAUAAAGAUAGAGAAAUUGUAUUAAAUGAGUAUAAAAAAAGAAAGCUAUGGAAUGAAAAAAUAUAUCUUAACGAAGACUAUAGCAAUCGCACAAUCGAAAAAAGACGAUUUCUAUUUACAAAAGCAAAAGAACUUCGAGCUUAGGCAUGUUCAAGAAUAUUUUUGCAUGGUGCACUCUGACUGUUGACAUUAUUUGCAUACUGAUAUGAGUAAAAGUGACUUCAACAACCAGAAUGUAUUUUUGAUAAAUUUUUGUAAUAACAGGUUAG